AUGGGGUCUCCUAGUGGUGAAGGCGGCGGCGCCCCAGCGUCAGCUUCCUCCUGGUUUGGUGAUGGCAGCGGUUGCAAGGCGUGGCGGCGAAGGCGGCACCCACAGCGUGAGGCGGCACGUUGGUCCUACGAGUUACAAGACAUUCCUAAGCGUGUCAGAAAGCUUCUUUAUGACGUCAACGUCGGCUACGCAGCCCGCCUUUCUGUAGUUUGCGGAGUUGCUGGUGGGGUGUUUUGCGCUCUCUACUAUGCGUUUUUUGUUCGCCGCCAGGAGCACCGGCCGCUGGCGAAGCGCUCACGGUUUGCGCCGCUGGUGCCGGCGACCCUCAUCGAGAAGGAGAAGCUGACGGGGUCUAGCAUGAUGCUGCUGCGCUUCGCGCUGCCCAACAGUUACGACUACUGCGGGUAUCAACCGGUGAGUUCGGUGCGGGUCACCUCCGGCACCGUGCGUGGGAUGGGGCCUGUGAGCCGCUGGUACACACCGGUCAGUCACCCGGAGCAGCGGGGGAUCGUGGAGUUCGCGAUUAAAGACCGCGACCCCGGACGCAUGGCGGCGCGACUGCGGUCUCUCGAGCGCGGCGAUCGGGUCUACCUCGGCCGCUGGAUGCGGGAGUUUCCGUACAGGCGGAACACGUACGGGGAGCUGGGCCUCGUCUGCACCACCUCGGGUGCCUCCAUCGCGUUGCAGCUGAUGAAGGUGCUGGACAACGACAAGGCGGAUAGCACAAAGCUGCGUCUCCUGUACUGCCACCAAACGGCAAAGGACAUCCCCUUUCGCGAGGUCUUUGACGCCUACGCCAGGCGAAAUCCUGGCAGAAUCACCGCCAACUACAACGUCCUCUCCCUGGGCAAGCAAACACAGGCCGAGGGUGUACGGCUGGGUGAUAACUUUUUUCUCGGGAACAUUGAUCCAACUGUAGUGGAAAAGGCGCUGCCACCCCCCGCUAUCGCUGAUCCCGCGACAGGGAAGCUUGUACGGCCCAAGAUCCUUGUCUGUGGGCCGCAGAGUAUGCUGCUGCCUCUUUGUGGACGGGUGAGCACGUUAGGCAACUACUACUAUUGGCAGGGACCAUUCUACAAGUAUUGUGGCUUUCUGCGGGACAUGGGGUAUGUCCGCAGCCAGGUCUACAAGUUUGGCGUCACUACCAACCUUUUGGCCUACCAGUAG